AUGGUGGGGGGUGGAUUGGGACAGACAUCCUUGGAGGUCUCGGUGCGUUUCAAUUCCUGCAGACGGUUUUCUUUAAAAUUGUGCAACUCUUGCAUCUGACCGUCUACAAGAUCAAUGAAUUCAAGGAGAAUCUGCACGGCGAGCUCCCGAAGUUCACACGCACCCCAGAAUGAUCUGGGGAAGUUUUAAUUUUACUGCAGCCUUUUAACGGAGAAAAUGUCUGAGACUGCGGAAAUCGAUGAAAGCCUCUACUCCAGGCAACUGUAUGUGCUGGGCCACAAGGCAAUGCUGUGCCUGCAGAACACCAACGUGCUCAUCUCUGGGAUGAGAGGACUGGGAGUUGAGAUAGCUAAGAAUGUCGUGCUAGCUGGAGUCCGAUCAGUCACCGUCCACGAUGAAGAAGAGGCUCAAUGGGGGGAUCUUUCAUCACAGUUUUUCUUGAAGGAGAGCGACGUUGGGAAGAACCGGGCUGAAUGCUGUGAACCUCAUCUAGCUGAACUCAAUGCCUACGUCCAGGUGGCUUCCUACACCGGGUCUCUGAACCAACACUACCUGUCAGCAUUUCAGGUGGUGGUGCUGACCAACUCCUCUCUGGAUGAGCAACUUCGGAUUGGGACACUGUGCCAUUCCAAGAAUAUCCGCUUCAUUGUGGCUGACACUAAGGGCUUGUGUGGUUUGCUCUUUUGUGAUUUUGGAGAAGAGUUUGUUGUGUCAGAUCCUGAUGGAGAGCAGCCGCGUUCGGCCUUAGUACUGAACAUCUCCAAGGAUAAUCCUGGUGUGGUGAGCUGUUUGGACGAGGAGGCCCAUGGAUUUCAAAAUGGAGAUCAAGUCACAUUUUCUGGGGUCUUCGGAAUGACAGAGCUCAAUAACCGCCCACCUGUGAAGAUUGAAGUCCUCAAUGAUUACGAGUUCAGCAUCGACGACACCUCGGGCUUCAUGGCGUAUAAAGAAGGAGGGAUGGUGACAGAAGUCAAAAUGAGCCAGACCUUCUCCUUUAAGCCCCUGAGUGAGUCCAUAAAGGACCCAGAGAUCGUCAUGACAGACUAUUGUAAGGAGGAACAGCACAAAACCCUUCAUGUCGCCUUUCAAGCUCUGCACCGUUUUGUUCAAAUGACUAAAAGGCUUCCUAAACCAAGAGCAGAGGAUGAUGCACAAUUGCUCAUUGAAAUUGCAAAACAGAUAACAUGGAAGUGUCCAGUGAAUGAAGAAGUUGUGCGUCAAUUUGCUUUUGGCGCAAUGGGAGACCUGAGCCCCGUCAAUGCUUUCAUUGGAGGAUUAGCAGCGCAUGAAGUCAUGAAGGCCUGCAGCGGCAAGUUCACUCCCCUCAGGCAGUGGCUAUACUUUGAUGCUCUGGAGUGUCUGCCUGAAGAUGCCAGCGAUUGCAGACUCACCGAGGAGACUUGUUCACCGAGAGGGAGUCGCUACGAUGGACAGAUUGCUGUGUUUGGUUCUGCCUUUCAGGAAAAGUUGUCCAGACAGAAAUUAUUCAUGGUGGGAGCUGGGGCCAUUGGCUGCGAGCUGCUGAAGAACUUUGCAAUGAUGGGACUUGCGACUGAAAAGGGUGGAAACAUUACUGUGACGGACAUGGAUUCUAUCGAGCACUCAAAUCUGAACCGGCAGUUCUUGUUUCGGCUUCAAGAUGUCGGGAAAAUGAAGUCCAUCACUGCAGCAAAGGCAGUCCGAAAAAUGAAUCCAUCCUUAAGGAUAACAGCUCGCCAGGACAGACUCGGACCCGAGACAAGUGAUGUGUAUGGAGACCAAUUCUUUUCCAAGCUGGAUGUUGUAUUCACUGCUCUGGACAACGUGGAAGCCAGAGUAUACGUAGACGGGUGUUGUGUCGAACACCAGAAGCCACUGUUGGAAUCCGGAACUCUGGGCACCAAAGGCCACACACAAGUCAUUGUACCCUUCCUGACGAGAUCUUAUGGGAAAGUGCCAGACCGGCAGGAGAACGCGUUCCCUUUGUGCACACUCAAGAACUUCCCCUACGCGAUUGAACACACUCUGCAGUGGGCCAGAGACACCUUCGAACAGCUCUUCAAAACAUCGGCAGAAAACGUCACUCGAUACUUUCAAGACCCCGGCUUUGUUAAGAAUCCAUUAAAGCAGGGCAGUGCUGAGGCUCUCGGUGUCCUGGAGGAGGUGUAUGACAGUCUGGUGACGUGGAAACCCAACAACUGGACUGACUGUGUCAGCUGGGCCCGGAACCAAUGGGAGAGACUCUACAAUAACAACAUAAUGCAGCUGCUGCAUAAUUUUCCUGAAAAAUCGAAAACCAUUUUGGAAAUGGUGGAGGAAGCCCAGGCAGAUGAGGAAGAACAAGCAAGAAAACUCCACACGGUGUCAAGCUCUGGAAAGCCAUUCUGGUCAGGAACCAAGCGUUGUCCACGCACUCUGAACUUUGACCCAGACAAUGCCACCCAUAUGAAUUUCAUAGUGGCUGCAGCAAACUUGUUUGCAAACACAUAUGGCAUCAAGGGAACCCGAAACCACCAAGAAAUCGCUGAAACCCUUAAAAUAGUCAUUGUGCCAGAAUUUACCCCCAAGUCUGGGGUGCAGAUCUUUACCACAGAUGACGAGAUGAAGAAGGAGACCGUAGAUGACAACCGACUAGAGGAGGCGAUGAAAAAACUGGACACUCUACAGAAAGUUGGAAUCUUCAAGAUGAAUCCAAUUGAAUUUGAGAAGGAUGAUGACACUAACCUGCAUGUAGACUUUAUUGUUGCUGCCUCCAACCUCCGAGCUGAAAAUUACUACAUUCCCCCCGCUGACCGCCACAAGAGUAAACUGAUUGUCGGUAAGAUCAUCCCAGCUAUUGCCACCACUACAGCGGCAGUCGUUGGUCUCGUGUGCCUGGAGUUGUACAAAGUCAUUCAAGGCCAUAAAAAGCUGAGCUUGUACCGCGACAGUUUCAUCAAUCUGGCGACAGCAUACUAUGCUCAGUUCCUUCCCAGCGCUGCUCCGGUAUACAAGGUUACCGGUUUGGAUCGGACAUUCACUCUGUGGGACCACUUUGCUGUCCAAGGCUACAGAGAUGGCACAGAGAUGACGGUAGAGGAGCUUCUGAGUCACGUCAAGAAAAACCACAGCCUGGAGGUAACCGACUUGUUUUAUGAAAACGCUGCAAUCUACCUUUCUAAAUCUAAGAAUCGCGAGGAACGACUGAGACAAAGGGUGUCAGAAGCGGUCUGUGCUGCUACUAAGGAGGACAUCCCAGAAACCCUUUCAGUGCUGAAGCUGAUCGCAAACAUUGAAGGACUGGACAACGACGACGAACUUCCCCCCAUUCUUUACUAUUUCCGAAAAGCCAAACCGGAGUAACGGUUCUUACGAAGAGACGAAUGGAUGAAGAAUCAGAGGACGAUUGCUACUUUUUUACCUUUGGCUCACCCUUAAUUAUGAAAAACGAAUUUUGUUCGCUAGGUGUGUCCAUCGUUCCAGAACAUUAACUAUAAAUCAUACAUACACAUGCAUACAUCUUCAUCAUUUUGAAUUCCUGUUCGUCUUGAUGCAUUCCCAAUGGUAACCCAAACUCUUUUUCCAUUUUUAUUGGCAUUAUGUACAGUACAUUCCAUUUGAACGAGCACUCAAUUCCCAGAAAAACGUUUAUAUUCAUACUGACUUUUUAUUUUCUUGUUUUCACUCACAUUUUUAAAACCUUAGACGUUCACUGCGUUUGAAGAUUUUGCUUUGAAAUGGAAGCAUUUUAGGAUUUUAGGCACAUAGAGGAGACCAGAACCAUAUAAACCCUUCCCAAGAUGCAACUAACAAUAGGUUACUUAAUGAGGUAAAUGAAUUAGAUAUACAGUGGAACCUCCGUUUGCGAGUAACUUGAUUUACGAGUGUUUUGCAAGACGAGCUCAAAUUUUUAAUA